AUGGCAUCAAAAAACUAUAAAACUCCCCUAGAGGAAACCAAGUACAAGCAUUACUGCGCAACAAAAAUAAAAGCUUUAUGAAAAGGUUAUAAGCAGCGCGAAAGGUUUAGGCUGCUUAAAUCAAAAAAAUACGAUAAAGCCGCCACACAUAUCCAACAUUGAUGAAGACAUUAUAAAACUGCCAAGGAAAGUAAGCCACUCACCGUUAGUGAUGCAGCCAUAAAAAUCCAAAGACUCUGACGAAACUAUACAAAUGGUAAAAUCUUUAAGUACUACAAAGAACUGAUUCAGUUUAAAUUUAAAGGAAAUCCACGAGAUUUAUUAAAAACUAUCAACCCAAUUGAAGCAUCAAUGCUGGACAAAGCAUCAAAUGCCCAUUUGAGAUUUCGCCUAGGAGGUGAUAAGUUUCCACCUUUAAUUUACUAUAAAUUAUAUGUGCAUGCUGGAGUGUGUGAUGUUAACAGUUUUGCACCUCGCGAUUACACAGCAAUUAAAAAAGCUACUGGGAAAGAAAUCAUUAAUAUGCAUUUAGAAAAUGAAGAAGUGAAAAACAUCAAAACAGGAUGAUAUGAGAGAUAUGAUAAUAAUGGGUGAAGACCUAUCACAGAUAACUUAAUCAUGCCUUUCGAUCGGGUUGAACUGCAUUCUUCAAAUAAACCUGCUGUAUUCCAUCAUGAUAAAUUGGUUAGAAGGGAACUCGUCGCGAAACAAAAAAGAAAACGGAAAAUUAAAUGGCUUAAAGAAUUGUAUGCAGAAGGUAGAAAAAUUGAAGAAAUGGAGAAGGAGCAAGAAAUUGAGAAUCAGUCAAAAAUCAACGAAGAAGAAGAGGAAGAAGAAGACCCAUUUAGGGAAGAAAAAUUGCUGGAUUUAAAUGAAGACGAUUUUGAUGAAUAUGUGAAUGGCUUGAUGAAGUGGUCAGAAACGCUUGAUUUUGAUAAGUAUAUGGAUCAUUGGAUGCAGAUUGCGACCUCAGCACCUGUUGAAAACGAUCCAGCAGAGACAGAAGAAAUAAUGCUUUAG